UGGAACCUGAGCACCUAUGACUCACUCCUCCAGCUGCAUCCUAAUCCGUGUGUGUGAGAGUCCAGCUCUGCGCUUGGGUGCAGCUGUGCACUUCACUGCUUAUUCAAACACGUUUAUUUCGGGUCUGCUACAGGUUGUUGUGUUUCAUCUCUGGCUGGAGACAGCGCCUUAUCUCUGUAUAACCGCCUCUUCCCUGGCCGGGAGUGAUUCUUUAACCCCUGCCUUGGUGCCGCUGUGGCGUGAGCUCUCAGUGUAACAGCUCCACCCCUGUUGCCAAAGUUCUGCAUGUAACAGCACAAGGAUAUGAAUGCUUUAUUCAUGGACUCUUUCUUUCCAGCUAAAUACAGUGUCAGAACAGAGAAGCUCAUUAUAAGUCCGUCCACAUUGCAAGAAUUUUUAAGAUAAUCACCAUGACGGAUACAAUUUUUAAUAAUGGAUCAGAUCAGUGGGUGUGUCCUAAUGACAGGCAGCUUGCCCUGAGAGCAAAGUUGCGUGCUGGUUGGUCUGUGCACACAUUCCAAACAGAGAAACAGAGAAAGAACCAGAGUCUGAAUCAGAAUGAAAUUGAUGUUAUUCUGCAGGUCAUCAGAAGAGCUGAAAAAGUGGAUACACUGGAACAGCAGAGAAUCGGACGACUUGUGGAGAGAUUAGAGAAUAUGAGGAAAAAUGUGAUGGGGAACGGCAUGUCUCAGUGCUUGCUAUGUGGGGAGCUUCUUGGAUUCUUAGGUACCACUUCUGUCUUCUGCCAAGACUGCAAAAAGAAAGUCUGCACAAAAUGUGGUAUCGAGACAGUUGGCAGCCAGAAACGACAAGUGUGGCUUUGUAAAAUCUGCAGUGAGCAGAGAGAGGUUUGGAAGAGAUCUGGUGCCUGGUUUUACAAAGGUCUGCCUAAAUACAUCUUACCUAUGAAAUUCUCAAAUAAAACUGGUGAACUGCACUUGAGACCCCUACAACCUGACCAUCCAACCCAAGAAGCAAAGAAUUCAUCUAAUCGGACAUACACGUGGGCUAAAGGAAAAGUAGUCUCCAGUGACAGUGAAAGUGACUCAGAACACAGCUCCUCUAGUUUGGAUGGUAAAAUGGUGGACCCCAAAGGAGACAAGAAUAGGAAGCACUCCAGUUCAAGCACUGAGCCCUCGAUGACACCAGUAGUUAGUCACAUGAAAAACUUGGAAGGCUUAUCAGGCAGCCAGAGCAGCUUUGGCAGUGAACGAGGCAGUGCCACUGAGAGCAGCCAAGGUGACCUGAUUGAAGGCUAUAACAGUGACAUCCCAAGCUGUACUACUGAGGAGAAGAUUACAAAAUAUCUGAAAAGAAGAAAUGCAGCCCGGCUCGUAAAUGGAAAACGGCGUGGGCAUACAAAUCUAUGGCACUGAGUACCUAGGAAGAACAUAUGGACUGCAUUAAGAAUGCUUGUCAACUGUCAUGCUAAAGAUGGACUUUCAAGCAAAAUGUGAGCUUCGUAUAAGAGAAUAAAUAUGCCUUCACAUUUCAUCUAUUUCAUCUAUAUUCCUUUAGAGAUGGUGCUAGAUAUAAGGAUACUAUCAGAGUUAAAAUGGAAAGCCUUUUUUCAUUUUUCUCUGCAACAUCAAUUGUUUCCAGUGCUCAGUCUCCUUAGGGAUGUAAUGUAGGAGAGCGGGACAGUGUAUGUGCUUGGGCCUUAGACAAUACAAUGCGGCUCUUAGGAGGCAUAAUGUUGGGCUUGUCAAAAAAUUGCUUAGUUCAUCUGAAGAUCGCAGUCCCUUUGAAGAUGAUUAGGGGUUUUUUCCCCAAUAACAGCUUGACAGAUGUACAUUUGGUAUUUUUAAUAAUUUCAUUUUAUUCAAAUCUUAUACAUAUUAACUAUUCAUAAUUUGUUGUUGUGUUAAAUUCUUCUGUAAAACACUAUGCCUUUGUACAUACAUGCCUAAUCUUUUCCUUUUUUUUUUAAAUGAUGAAUAUGUGAAUUUGAGUACAACGACAACAAUGCUAAGAAAUCUGGAAAAACAGUUCUGUUUCUCUAGAGUUCAGGCUGGUUAUUAAUGAGGGGCUUCAUAAUGGAGUGUAUUGCUGCUUCCAUAGGUUCCAGAUCAGAACCUACGGAAGUAUUAUAGAUAAGAUGGGAUCACGCAAUAUGGUGCUUGCAAUCAAAAACAACAGAUGAAGAGCCAGUCAUAUGGUACUUGUGAAAUCUCAGAAAUACUUUAUUUUUCAUGCAACAUUACUGCAGGGAGCCCGAAAAAUAGCCUUUUAUAAACCAGUACAAAGAAAAUGUGUGUCAGUGAGUCAGAAGGGUUCAUUUACAAUCUGUCUGCAAAACCUUAUUGUGUUUAAUGAUGGUCUCAAGUUUAUUGGGUUACCACCACUAUUAGCUCUGAAUAAUGCUUAUUGCCUUUAGUAGUGUCAGCACAGCAAUCAAGAGUGUGAGUCUUUUAUCCGUCAGACAAUUAAAUAUUGAAAAGCCAUGUUGUUUAAUAUAACCCAGGAUGCUCUAGUAGACAUACAACUGCCAUGGUUUAAGUGUGCAAUUAGUGAAGCCUAACCCAACACUCUAGUUGCUAAUUUUUCUUUUCCUUGCUUUACGCAACACAUUUUUGUGUAAACUCAUCUCUUAAAAUGAAGGCAUAGCCUAAAUAUUCAAAUUUGUGUCUUUAAAUACUGUCUGUUUUUGUUACUUUCAUAUUUGUAUUGUUUUUCCUUGGUGAUGUGUUACUUUAUUUUCUUUGUGUAUAUUAUAAGCUGUAUUUGCCAUGGGCCUGAGAAGCCAAAAAAAACAUAUUUUAUGGGUAAAAAAAAAGUUCUAGAUAUUCUUCUGAAGUGUUCAUAUUGCUUAGAUCAUAAACUCCCAAAAAUCCAAGAUUUAUCAAUACAUUUUUCUCUUUUGUUUCCUUUAGUUUUUGGUAGCAUGUUUGCACUUCUGCCUAUUUAUAAACAUAGAUAUAAAAAAUUAGUUACAUGCACUUCCCCUCACCCUCCUGAUUUGAACCACUGUGUGAAAAUAUAUAUUUAGAUCUAGUACUGUACUACUGAUAUUAUGGGCUUUACAGAUGCCAAAGAUAACUUACCAGAUCCCUGGAACAUGGUUAAUUGUCAGUGUCAUUAUAACACAUUUCACUAACCUUGUUCAUGACUGUGAUUUUAGGAAAGAUCACAUAAAUGAUGCCACAUUUUUAGUGUGAUAAGAGAUCACCACUGAUAAACCCCACCCACUUUCUAUUCAUUCCUAUGGGAUUAUUAAUUUUUUGAGUUUACCAUUUGAUAAUUACACUUCUAAAAAUCCCAUUGCAAUGAAUAUUAUUCAAUUAUUGAAAGUGGGUGAAUUUUUCCAUGGUGAGCGCUGUCACACUUUGGUAAUUCUGCCCCUAGGUUUGUGCAACCAAAAAUCAAGCUGAAUCUUACGUUUUGUAACGUGUAUGUUGAUGUUCCACUUACAGUACAGUAAUAUAUCCUAAUUGCUAGGGGUUUAUAGUUACUCAGUUGAAUAAAUUGUGCAGCUCAUCAUUAGCUGCGAAGGAGUUAAACUAUGAAUGUGUAACUUGUAGUUCUAGCUGUUCCUGAACUACAAUCCCGAGCAUCCCUCAACACAGGUUUUCACGGGUUGCUGUGAUAUGAAAACAGCUGAAGAGGUUUCAGACUGCACUGCUUCUUUGGCAUUAAUAUUUAGAGCAGAACAGCCAUGGACAGUCCUGUUUAUAGUCUGUGCAUGGAGGAGUUUUUUUCUUAGGUUAGGUUAACAGGGUUUAACAGUCAGUUAUAGUAUAUAUAAAAAUGUUUGCAGUGAAUUAUAAGAUUUGCUGUGACAUUCAGAGCUGCUCACUUCUUUCUCUAUAGCUAGCAGUUUAGGAAUGGUGCCAGCAUAAACAGUCUAUAAAAUUACAUAUAUUUAUGAAAACUUUUUUGUUUGAUUCUGCCUUUGAGAAUGCAAACAAUACAGCUGCUUAUUGUAUAUGUUUAAAACAGAUUUGAUUCCUCCAUGAAGGUGUAGAAUUGAUAUUGUGUUUGUAAAUUCUUCCUAAAUGUCCACCAUGUUUUAUUUGGGAAUGUCAAGUUGUGCCAGAAUGUUCCUAUUGUUAUUUAUAAUAAACAAUAUUUCAGUGUAGCUAAAUAAAUACUUUCCUGGUGUUAGUAACAGUUCUUUGGGAGGUGUUACAAAUUAACAUUUUUUUUAACUGUAUUUGGGUCAUGAGGUUUAGUUGGUAGCAAUACUAUGAGCUGCCUUCCAAACUUUGUUAACUGGCUUACAGUGUUACCUUUGUGCUGUCAUACAUAUGUCGUUUUGCUCACUUAACUCAUGUUUUUUUCAUAAGUCUCAUUGUUAAAAAAUGAAAUGUUUGUACUCUACUGGAAAAAAACAUAUUCCACAUAUUCCCUUAAGUUUUUGUGAAAUACAGUUGCACUUUAUAUGGUUGUCAUACCAUGUACUUAAAGAUCGUCUUGUAGAAAUAAGCCACAAGUCAAAUCAUGUGUCUGUCAUUGUGUGAAGUUAUCCAGUAGCUAGUAAUUAUCUGUAGAGUAAUUGUAUCCUUAGCUGAGCCUUCACCAUAUGACCUCAUCUACCUGCAUUAACAUCUUUCUUAGUUAAAGGGAUUCUGUCAUUUUUAUUUCAUACUUUUUUUUUCUAAAUUAUAUCCUUUACCUUGCAGAUUAUUAACUCUACCAUUUAAAAUGCUAUUUUUGAUCCAAGAAAUGUAUUUUUUUAGAUGUAAUAUUGGUGUGUAGGCAGCCAUCUCAGGGCAUUGUGCCUGAUUCUGAGCUUUCAGAAAGUGCCAACGCUACACAUUAGAACUGCUUUCAGAUAAACUAUUGUUUAUCCUACUCCCAUGUAACUGGAGAAGUCAUGAAUUGGUUGAGCCGUACUUGGAUUUUUAAUCACCGCUACCAUUUUUUCCCCAUAUUUACCAUUAGGUGGGGCAUGGGACCAUUUUUAGUAAUACAGGUGUAAGGAAGCUGCUAUUGUGUUACCUUCCCAUUCUUCUGCUGACCGGUUCCUUGGGGGGAAAGGGAGGGGGUAAUAUCAUUCCCACUUGCAGCGCAGCAGUAAAGAGAAACUGAAGUUUAUCAGAACACAAGUGACAUGGCUGAGGGCCCCUGGGAAACUUAACAGCAUGUCUAGCCCUAUAUCAAUUUUUAAACUUAAGACAAAAAAGUGUCAGCACUCACAGGAUUUAAAAUAUUUGAAAAAAGAUAAAUUUUAUUACAAAAUAUGAAAAAGGAACAUUACAGACCUUAACGUUUCAGUCCCCCACAGGGACUUUCGUCAGGAGGCAGGGAAAAGACAGUAAUUUUUAAACCUAAAUAUAAAAAAAAAAGUUUGUUCUUUAAAAAAUGGAUUUCAGUGCAGUGCUAUUAACCGAUGCAUUUUGAAAAAAUAUAUUUUCCCAUGACAAUAUAUCUUUAAGUAAAAGAAAACAAAAACAGGCAUGUUAUCAAAUUCUUAAUUCAGUUUCUAUGACCUGCACUUGGUAAGCCAGCAGGAGGAUUAUUUAGCUAACACCGAAGCAGGAGGUGCAGGGAGCCAUGAAAACCUUGUACUGUGAACUAAACAAAUAGUUUAAAAGGGCUUGUGGUAGGUUAGACUAGUAGCAGAAAUUCAGUAGGCAGUUCUGACGGUAGCAUUAUACCUAAAUUAGCUUAUUAUUGCAAAAUUUCCAGAAAUAAAGGCAAUCAGUUAUGAAUCACCUCUUUACAAUAGUAAAACAAGCUAUGUUAUAGCAGCUGGAUCCAUGCUACCAGCUUAACAAAACCGGAGAGAAAAAAACUAUUUUAGUUAACAAAGUGCAAAUCUGUUUAGUUUACCUGGUAAAUAAGGGCAUUCUCAUACCAUAUGGAGCAGCUUAUAAGGACUUUGCUUAUAGCAGAAAGUUAGACACACCAGAUGUGCAUUUGUUUCUUUUCCCAUCCUCUCAGGACAUUUACAGAUGCGACUUUUUCAUUUCAUCUAGUUUACAACCAGUUGGCUGUGCUUGGGGAUCCCAUGGUACAAUGGACUGUCUAAUUAUUUAAUUGGCGGUUAGCAGAUGUUACCCAGCAGUAGCUGAACGCUCCAUGAUGAUUUACUGCACUGUACUGAGUUUCUAAAAAACUGGUGUAAUUAAAUGUACUAAAAGAAACUUGUUUAUCACCUCCAGUCUGUGCAUUUUUCAAUAUGAUUUAUAUUUAUACAUAGAUAAUAAUAAAUGUAUUACUAGUUUCUUA